AAACGUACACUUUGCAGUUGCUGUAUGGUUAGGAUUAUUUGUAAUGCUUGCAGUAUUGAAUUUGAAUGAAUAACGGAAUGAGAAGCUGCAAGUGAAAGUGUCUGAUUAACUGCCAGGUAACACAGCUCCAGCAUAGGUAGGCAAAUCCAUCUAUGUCCGUAUUGCUUCAAUCCUUGUUUGUACUAGUAGUGCUGCUUUUUUCUCCCCCUCUCAAACUGACUGCUUUGGGUUUAGUAAAGGGUGAUUGUAGUAAUUAAGCAGCUAGUAAAUAAACUAGUAUUUCUAAGUGGACAAGCUCAUAUAUCCAAGGUCUUCUAUGAAAUAUGUUUUCUACUUCUAUACCCUGUAAGAGGUAGAGAAAUUAGUUCAAUGGAUGUAAUGCUUUAGGAUCUUUGCCAGUUGAGUUCCAACAAAUUUUAUUUCUGGUCACAGAAUGCCUGUAAUAAGACAAAUCACUCUUGGUAUUUGAUUUAGUUUUUCAAAAUCUACCAAAAAUAGAAUCCACUAAAUGAAAAUCUAUAAUAGAAGCUACUGAGACUUUCCUGGGAAAAAACUCGCAUGACAAACAUGCAGCAAUGAGGCUAGAUAUGACUUGUAGAAAGUAGUUAUCAGAGAUGUACAUUAAUAUACAUUAAAUACCCCUUUUAAUUUCUUUACUUUUGUUGAGCUCUUUGUAUUUACUUGUAGAAAAUCUCUCUGCUCGCUGUCAUAUGCUUUUUCUCUGUGCCGUUCUUUUUCUUGCCAUCUGCCUGAACCCAGGCCCUAGAAAGACAGAAAGAUUACUUUGACUGCAUUAAGAAUGAGCGAGAUGAGCUCAGAGAGGAGUUGGCUGACCUGAAGGAAACAAUGAAGAGAGGAGAGAAACAUGGAUUAGUUAUAAUCCCAGAUGGCACACCAAACGGUGAUGUAAACCAUGAAUCAGUGGUUGGUGCUAUAACAGUUGUAUCACAGGAAGCUGCUCAAGUCUUGGAAUCUGCAGGAGAAGGACCACUAGAUAUCCGGCUACGCAAACUGGCUGGGGAAAAAGAGGAAUUACUGUCACAGGUUAGAAAACUGAAGAUGCAGUUGGAAGAAGAACGACAGAAAUAUUCUAAAAGUGAUGGCAUGAAUCCAGACAUCAUAGGCUUAGAGAAUGGUUCUGACUUGCAACUAAUUGAAAUGCAGAGAGAUGCCAACAGACAAAUUAGUGAAUACAAAUUUAAGCUUUCAAAAGCUGAACAAGAUAUUACUACCUUGGAACAAAAUAUUGCACGACUUGAAGGGCAGGUUACAAGGUAUAAAAAUGCAGCAGAAAAUGCAGAAAAAGUAGAAGAUGAACUCAAAGCUGAAAAGAGGAAGCUUCAGCGAGAGUUAAGAACAGCACUGGAUAAGAUAGAAGAGAUGGAGAUGACCAAUAGCCACUUAAUGAAAAGGCUGGAGAAGAUGAAGGCGAAUAGGACUGCGCUUUUAUCUCAACAGUGAAGUGGAAAUUGAAAAUAUGAUGCACUGCUCCUUGAAUAACUAGCCCCUAGCUUGUUUUUAAAUACAGACUUUUAUUGGCACAAAUUAUUUGAA